AUAAUCUUAUUACCGCGUCACCUUCCUUAGGUUGACUAUGUGAUCAUAGAAGAAGAAGAAAUUGCAUCAGGAGCUCACUCGCUCAGCACAUUCUCCCUACGUUUAAUGUCGGGGAGGUUUUCAAUAAGUCCAAACUUUUCCGGUCAUUAGAUGCAGACUCACAGCUGUUGCAGAGCUCGAGAAGUCACGAGCUUAACAAAAAGCUAAUCCCUUUUAUAAAGACAAAUCAAACUCAUAACCAAUCUUUUCCGAUCUCUCUCAUUUAUCACUGUUUUCUUCUGCAGAAAAGGUUAAUCCCUUAGCAGUUAGCACCUCUUUAUUUUCCAGAGCAAAUAUGGUCUGGAACUAAGGCCAAGAACAAGAGAAUGAAGGAAAACAUCAGCGAAAUGCAGACUCAGUUGAUGUUCUUCUUCCUUUUCUUCUGUUACAUUGGCCUUUCUCUGGUUUUGGCAAAGGAGCAGGCAGCGACCAGUGCAUCGAACGAGGAGGCGUUGGCUCUGUUAUCGAUAAAAGCAGGUCUUCUCGACCCGUCGGAUCGACUUCGAGAUUGGAAAUUGCCGGCCAAUGGGAACGUAAAUAAUCCAAUUCAUUGCAACUGGACUGGAGUCUGGUGCAACUCCAAUGGUGCCGUUGAGAGGCUCGACCUCUCCUCCAUGAACCUCAGUGGCCGAGUCUCGGAUGACAUCCAAAGGCUACACAGCCUGGCAGUCCUCAACAUAUGCUGCAAUGGGUUCUCGUCAUCGUUGCCGGAAGCGAUCUCCAACCUCACCCAUCUGAGACUCCUUGAUGUCAGCCAGAAUUCUUUUAUGGGUGGUUUUCCGGCGGGUCUUGGGAGGGCAGCAGGGCUAAAUAGCAUCAAUGCUUCGAGCAACAAUUUCUCUGGUUUAUUUCCUGAAGACCUUGGAGAUGCAGUGUCGCUUGAGAGCCUAGAUUUCAGAGGGAGCUUCUUCCAAGGUCCAAUUCCUACAUCUUUGAAGAAGUUACAGAAGUUGAAGUUCCUCGGUCUUUCGGGCAAUAAUUUCACGGGUCGAAUACCGCCGGAGCUUGGCCAGCUUUCAUCUCUGAAAACUCUCAUUCUCGGAUACAAUGAAUUGGAAGGUGGAAUUCCGGCGGAGCUCGGCAACCUGACCAAUCUGCGGUAUCUUGACUUGGCGGUUGGUAGCCUCGGUGGCGAGAUUCCGGCUGAGCUGGGGAAAUUAAACCAACUGAGUACACUGCUGUUAUAUAAGAACGAUUUCGAAGGCAGGAUUCCACCCGAAAUUGGCAACAUUAAAUCGUUGGUGCUCUUGGAUCUCUCUGACAAUCUGUUGUUCGGCACAAUUCCGGCCGAAUUAGCAGAGCUAAAGAAUCUUCAGCUACUGAAUCUGAUGUGCAACCAAUUGACGGGUUCGGUUCCCAGCAGACUUGGUGAGCUGACCAAGUUAGAGGUCCUUGAGCUGUGGAACAAUUCUUUAACAGGUGCUUUGCCGGUGAAUCUCGGCCUGAAUUCACCAUUACAAUGGUUGGACGUGUCAUCGAACUCGUUCUCCGGCCGGAUUCCACCCAGUUUGUGCGGUGGCGGUAAUCUCACUAAACUCAUUCUCUUCAACAAUGCCUUUUCAGGUCCAAUCCCUCUGGGGUUAACGACAUGUCACUCAUUGGUCCGUGUUCGAAUGCAAAACAACCUCAUUUCUGGGACGAUUCCCCCUGGACUCGGCAAACUUAACAAGCUGCAGCGUCUGGAGCUGGCAAACAAUAGUCUCACCGAUGAGAUACCGGACGACAUUGCCUCAUCAACAUCUCUUUUAUUCAUCGAUCUCUCUCGAAACCACCUCCAAUCGUCUCUUCCUUCCAGCAUACUCACCAUUCCAAAUCUCCAGAGUUUCAUGGCGUCGAACAACAACUUGGAAGGUAAGAUCCCCGAUCAGUUCCAGGACUGCCCAUCUCUAUCUGUGCUUGAUUUAUCAACAAAUCGGUUCUCCGGAAGCAUUCCUUCAAGCAUUGCUUCAUACCAGAAGCUGGUGAGUUUGAACCUUCAGAACAACCGGCUCACAGGAGAAAUUCCAAGAGCAAUUGCGACAAUGUCCGCAUUAGCCAUUCUUGAUCUAUCCAACAAUUCUCUGACUGGAGUUAUACCAGAGAAUUUGGGAAGCUCACCAGCCUUGGAAAUGCUCAAUGUGUCCUACAACAAGCUUGAAGGUCCUGUUCCCACCAAUGGCGUGCUGAGGACUAUAAACCCAGAUAACCUCAUGGGCAACGCUGGUCUCUGUGGCGGAGUUCUACCUCCAUGUUCUCGUUCUGUCACGGCAUCUUCCGGGCAAAUGGCGCAAAUCAAACACAUUGUUACUGGAUGGAUUAUUGGGAUUUCAGCUCUCACAGCUAUUGUUUUGGCAGUGUUUGGUGGAUGCUGGCUAUAUAAGAGAUGGUACUUGAAUGGUGGCUGCUUUCAUCAGGACCAAUUCAACAAGGACGUCAAUGGAGAGUGGCCAUGGAGACUGAUAGCCUUCCAGAGACUGAGCUUCACCAGUACUGACAUACUGGGCUGCAUCAAGGAAUCAAAUGUGAUUGGCAUGGGUGCAACUGGGAUCGUUUACAGAGCAGAGAUUCAGCACCCACAUACAGUUGUUGCAGUUAAGAAACUUUGGAGGUCGGUGACAGAUUUAUUGGAGACUGGAAGCAACGAUGAUCUGGUAGGAGAAGUUAAUCUCCUAGGGAAGCUACGACACCGGAACAUCGUUCGACUGUUGGGUUAUCUCCACAACAACUCCAAUGUGAUGAUUCUGUACGAGUUCAUGCACAAUGGAAACCUUGGGGAGGCUUUACAUGGGAAACAGGCGGGGCGGUUGCUGGUGGACUGGGUGUCACGAUACAACAUAGCAGUCGGCGUCGCCCAAGGGCUGGCCUAUCUCCACCACGACUGCCACCCGCCGGUCAUCCAUCGAGAUGUCAAGUCUAACAACAUACUGCUUGAUGCAAACCUUGAGGCACGGAUUGCAGACUUCGGCUUGGCCAGGAUGAUGCUCAGGAAGAACGAGACUGUGUCGAUGGUUGCUGGGUCCUAUGGAUACAUCGCACCUGAAUAUGGGUACACAUUGAAGGUGGAUGAGAAAAGCGACAUCUACAGCUUUGGUGUUGUACUUAUGGAGCUCAUCACCGGAAGAAAGCCACUGGAUCCUGAGUUUGGUGAGUCUGUAGACAUUGUUGAAUGGGUUCGAAGGAAGAUCAGAAACAAUAGCCCCUUGGAAGAAACGCUAGACCCCAACAUAGGGGGCCAGUGCAAGCAUGUUCAAGAGGAGAUGCUCCUAGUGCUUCGAAUCUCACUUCUCUGCACUGCUAAACUCCCAAAGGAAAGACCUUCCAUGAGAGAUGUCAUAACGAUGCUUGGAGAGGCAAAGCCCCGCAGGAAAAGUAGCAGCAGCAGUAAUGGUGGCAAUAGUGCCGCCAUGAAAGAGAAGCCAGUCUUCAGCCCUCCGCCUAUGGGAGGAGGCCCUCUGUAGGAACAAAAGAAAUGGGUUCCUCGGGCCACCCUUCUUCUAAAUUCUUCUUUCUGUAUGUAAAUUUUUCUUGCUAGUUUCUGUAUCAUGGCUCAAGUUGAUUGUGUCUAGAGAAGGAUGCGAGUAUGGAAAUGGGUUUUUUUCCUCCAUUAUCAUCAGAGCUCCUUUUCUGAGUCCCAGUAAUGUUGAUAUCGAUAGACCCUGCCAUAGACGAUUUUCCUAUGUUUCUCUCUGGGAUUUUGUUACCAUGAUUUCUGCAAACAAGCAAGGGUUUAUUUAUUUGACAAACAA